CAAAUUGGUAUUAGCAAGAAUUGACGCGGGAGAAUUUUCCUCUGUGACGGUAAAUUGAAAGAAAAGAAAAAUCAAUAUACAUAUUUUUGAAUUUAAAUUGAAGUACUGCAUUGUAUAAUACUGAAGUACUAUUCGUACUGUGAACUUAAAUUAUGAACGAACCUGGAUAUACAAAUUAUUUACGCAACGUAGAACACGUGCGUGAAACAUUACGUUCAGCUGACAUAGAUGAAUCCGAUCUUAAUGAAACAACACAGAUAUUAUAUCCUGCAAAAGAUCUUUUUUCUGGCCAUGGUAUCAAAUUGGUGGAGCUCGAUGAACAGUUAUUAGAAAUAGUUAAUAAAGGAGAUAGUUUAUCCUUUAAAGGUAAUAGUAAUGAAUCUGCAGUACUUUGUACAGAGAAUCGAACUUAUGAGAUAAAAGAAGCAGAAACAUCAAAUUCUUUAUUGUUGGUACCUGAUUUAAUGUUAGCGGAUGAUACAAAGAGCUCAGAAGAACAUGGUAGAGUGAUAAAAAGAUGCUGCGUAACAGGAAUUUUUCAUACCUACUAUGAGGUACACGAAUGCAAACCUCGAGUUGAUAAAAUAUUGACUGUACUUGAACCUUCUUGUUACAAAGGUAAAGAAAAUGAGUCGGAAAUAAAUUCAAGGACACUUUAUGAUUGGGAUAAAUUAAGAAAUGAAAUUCAAGCUAGUGAGGAUGAAUUGAAACAGGCUUUAAAUGAUCACUUAGUUGUAACAAUAGAUGGUUAUCUUCGAUUAAUAUCGUUUGAAGGAGAAAUACGACAUUUGACAUAUAUGUUAGAUCUGUUCAAUGAUUACUCGUGGGAAGUAGAUGAGGUUGAUAAAGAAAUUACAUAUGAUUCUUUAAAAGAACUUAUUGCUGAACCUAUUUUUAAAGCAUUGUUUGAGAAAUAUACAAGUUUAAGCGAGAAAGUAAAAGAGGACGGUAGUCCUUUUUAUAGAUACAACGAAGAAAAAGUAUGUAAAAUUUUAGCAAAAGUUCUUCUUACCGCUUUACCUAUUAAUAAGUAUAAUGAUUUUAUGGAAUCUUGGAAAAUGGGUGCUCCAGAAAAAAUAGUCCCAAAAGAGGAAUACUUAAGAGGAAUUGCAAUUAUUAUUUCUGAUAAAAAUAUUAUGCAAAAAGAAGUGAUAUCUUUUCCAGAAGAAACUCUACCAAAAAAUAUCAAUGAUAGACUUAAAGAAAUAUUUAAAGUAAAAGAAAAGUGGACUCUUGAAGAAAUAACUCCGUACAUAUUGAAAUUUGAAACAAAUAAAUUGAAUGUGAAUGCUUUAUUAACUAAAUAUGCAAGAUGUUCUACACACAGCGGUAUUAAAUAUUACAGUUCAAAGCAUGGGAAAUAAAUAUUAAGCAGCUUUCUUAAAGUUGAGUAGAUAUAAUAAGUUUUAAAUUAUUUAUGUAUAUUAUGUAUCAAAUUAAUGAAUUAUAAAUCACAAAAAAUAAAAUAUGUAUAUACCAAUGUAGAUUUUGUUAAUAAGAUAAAUAUUAUUAGGUUUUAAUUUAUAUAAUACAUUUAUGAUGCUGAAAUCA